AUGGCUUUACAAUACUUUAUUGUGCAUACGCUGUACCUAACUUGUCCUCAAUAUGUUUUUGAUUUUACAGAAGAAGACCGAGGCUUCUUUUUUAUCAGGAAAAAGACAACGGCGACUUUACCCAAAUCCUCCACAGCAGCUACGAUAGUAACAUCAAAACCAGGACCUCUGAUACGAAAUUUCGAUGAUGCCGAGAACCCGCUCUUGUUGACACCAAACCCUCCAUUGACACCGGAAGGAACACCUUCGCGGGAGAGGGUUUAUGAUGUGCUAGCUCCCCCAAAUAGAUCAACGAAAGCAACGUCAACCAAACAGAACCAACAACGCCCACAGCGCCAACAAAUCCAACAUACCCCGAAGAGGAACCAAGAUACAGUUAUAGCCAUUCCUAUGAGAGAGACACCCAUGAUCAAUAGGAACAAGGAUUUGAGGAGUGCGAGCCGUCGGUCGAGUUUCAACCUGCGUGGAAAAAGAGCUUCUUCAAUUGGCAAUGGCUUCGUGGCGGUGCCACAUCCCUCGGUAGACCCAAAAUAUUUCUUCCGGCAUAUUGCAGCUGAGGAACCGCCUCCAGUUCGGAUGCGACAGCUCAUGGCAUGGUGUGCGAGGAAAAGCAUAGAUUCCCAGAAAAGCAGUUCGCAAACUGCUCUCCAGGUCGCAAAGCAGAUUGAGGAGGAAGCCCUAGCAAUGCUGACGGCAGGAAAAUUUAGUGUAUCAUGGUACACCCGACCUACGGACACGGAACCUAUCCGCGCAGUGCCCAAGAAACCUCACAAGCGGAACAUGGAAAAUUUGAGCAAAUCAAGGCAAUACCAGGCCCAGAUUGACAAACUACGAAAGGAGGAUGAGGGUUGGACAAGGAUCAUCAGCUCGUUCAACACAUUUCAUGCUUCUGUGCUGGAUAGCGGGGCAGCAUUACCUCCUGGCGACGAGGCCAUUAUCCUCCCUGAAAUAUCUGCGGACGAGCUCAAUGUUGAGUUACUGUCGGCGGAUGACAGGAGUAUGUGGGACAAGUACUGUAAACACAAGGAUGCCGCAGGGACACCCGGACCAGCAACGAAAGCACGACGAGAUACAAUCGAAGGCACGGAACAAUCUAUCAAGAGUAACAAAUGGAUGCAGGAUAUGUUGGGCUCGCUUGAGAAGGAGGUGGACAACCUUCAGGAUACCCUAUACGCAGCCUCGCGUUUCGAUAAGAUUGCUAAACAAUACACCGACCAAGUCCUGGAACAGAUUGCAGUAGCACUAGAUGAACGACAGCGACCGCCAAUAAUGAUGGGCAGCUCCAACCUGCUGAAUCCAUGGUCAUCGUCACCUCCAACGUCCUCCUCAAUAGGAAAGGGAGAGACCUCGUCGCUUAGAUCAACACUGGCUUCAGGCGCGGUCUCAACGUCGACUAGUGCGGAGUUCAUACUGUCACCAAGCAUAGGCCCAGACAGCGCGGAUGACCCAUGGCAAAUUUUGCGUGCACUUUCAAGGCUCAGUCUUUGAAGUGCUUGCAUUACCAAAAACUAAAAUAAAAAAGGCUGCAGUAAAUAACGCCUGUGAUUGGGUAAAGGGUUCAAUUGAAGGGGCAAUAGGAGACAAAGGGGCUGCGCCCAUCUU